ACUCCGCCGGUGCCUCGUCACUCCGCGCUGGAAGAUGGCUGCGGCGGACCGGCCCCCCGUACGGGAAGGGAUCCGGAUAGUGGUCCUGUGCGUGUGCUGGUACACGGUCAGCUCGGGGGGCAACAUCGUCAACAAAAUCAUCCUGAACGGGUUCCCGUACCCGGUCACGGUCUCUCUGUUCCACAUCAUCUCCAUCGUCGUCUUCCUGCCGCCGCUGCUGCGGGCAUGGGGAGUCCCCAAAGCGGAGCUGCCCGGCAGGUACUACCGCUGGUACAUCGUGCCUUUAGCUUUCGGGAAAUACUUUGCAUCUGUGUCGGCGCACUUCAGCAUAUGGAAAGUCCCGGUUUCCUACGCGCACACCGUCAAGGCUACAAUGCCAAUAUGGGUUGUGCUGUUAUCCAGAAUUAUCAUGAAGGAGAAGCAAACCACAAAGGUGUACGUGUCUCUGAUCCCGAUCAUCGGAGGCGUCCUGCUGGCUACAGCCACCGAGCUCUCCUUUGAUGUCUCAGGACUCAUCAGUGCUCUGGCUGCUACGCUCUGCUUCUCUCUGCAGAACAUCUUCUCCAAGAAGGUGUUGCGUGACACGAGGAUCCACCAUCUGAGGCUGCUGAACAUCCUGGGUUUUAAUGCUGUGAUCUUCAUGCUGCCCACCUGGGUCCUGCUGGAUCUCUCUGUGUUCCUGGUUAAUGGAGACCUGUCUGAAGUCUCCGAGUGGUCAGGAACCUUCGUCCUCCUCCUCAUCAGCGGCUUCUGCAACUUCGCUCAAAACGUCAUCGCCUUCAGCGUGCUGAACCUCGUCAGCCCGCUCAGCUACGCCGUCGCCAACGCCACCAAGAGGAUCAUGGUCAUUAGCAUCUCACUGCUAAUGCUGCGCAACCCGGUCUCCCUCACUAACGUCAUGGGGAUGAUGACGGCCAUCGUCGGGGUCUUCCUCUACAACAAGGCCAAGUACGACGCUAAUAAGGAGAAGAAGCUGCUGCCAAGCUCUAAGCAGGACCUGAUGUCCUUUGACAACCCGGCGCUGGAGAAGAUCCAGGCCAACGGGUCAGUGCCUUUCUCCCACGGCUCGGAGCAGCAGCACAACUGGAACAACGUGCUGACGGAUCACUUCCAGUACAGCCGGCAGACCUACACGACAAACAACCACCAGUACGUGGUGUAGAGGAGGGGCGGUCCUGGUGUGGGGGGCUGUCAUAGACGUUACUGUGUAGCCGCCCCCCCAGCAGCUGGACCAGCCCCGCCCCAUCCAAACACCAGACUGAAGGCAAGUGCUGUUUGUUGUGGAUAGGAAGAACGAGACGGCCAGUCAUGUGACCUGUCCCAGCUCCUCCCCGUCUAAACGUCACUUUCUGACAGCGUCACUGUAUGUCAUUAUUUAUUAGUUUGGUACUGACUGUGUGGGGAGGAAACACAACUUAAAUCACCUGUUAAAUCCAUUUGGGUGGCAGAUUCAGCCUCGUUAUCCAGACACAGAGAUGUGCCACAGCAGGUCGACACGUAAAGCUCGUUGAUGAAUAAUUUGCACUUUACUGUCUGGAAAUGUCUGAGUUUUGUUUUCACAUCCAGCCAUAAUUCAUUUUUGGGUCAUUUUGUUCACUUUCAGAGGAAAGGAUGUCAAAAGCUGUAACUAUUUAACGUGAACUACGCUAACUUGCACCGAAACAACCUUGCAGCAUGUUACAUUUUAUAACAAACAGAUCGUAUCGGAAGGCAUUAACUCUUUGGUUGCAGGCAUUUCAUAUUCAGGAGUGUCAUUUUUCUUCAUGAGGCACCUGUAAUGAUGUGAGGAGAAUUGUUGUACUUUGUAAUUUAAUCAUGUUCCACUCUUUAAAAGCUUGAGGCAGCUUGGACUUAAUUGUAGACAGUGGAGGAUUGAAGAUAUUUGAGCUGUUACAGUGAAGGAAUCUCAGCUGCAGGGAUAUUUGGUGGCUCAACAGUGUGUUUAUGUAGAUUGAUGCACAUAAUGCGCAGUCUUAGUGUGCUCAGUUUACUGGAGAUAUCAUUGCAGAUAUGAAUUUGGCUGCACCUUCAACAUGGUUCAAAAUUGCAAGUGCCUGAUGAAGAAAAAAAAUCAAAUUAAAACACAAAAAUCCAUUCAGUGUGUCUGCAAGAAACUUGUUGCACAUGCAGAUCAGUUAAAUUUCAGUCACACUUGUUGUAAGCCAGAGUUUUUAACUGCUGCUAUCAAAGAACCUUUUCACACACACACACACACACAAACACACACACACACACACAAACAAAGCCUCCAUGCCCUUGAACUCAGAUAAACUCAGAGUGAGACCAGUUCUGUCACCAGAGCAGUCAAUGACCUCCAACACGUCUCUCCUUUUCCCCCCAAGAUAAUAAAUAAGUUCACGGUUUGUUGUCAUGGAGCCUAAAUGUAAAAAGUUAAAAUUAGAUUUACCAAAACAAAGCAUCCUUUCAGAAUGCGUCCUGUUAGGAUGCUCAUUUUUCAUUUUUCUUAGGAAGUCUAACCAUGUAAACGCUAAUAGAGAUGUUAAAAUUCAUUACUUUGCUGUCGUAGUUUGGAGAAUGGAUUUAAAACAAUGCAUAGUUUUUCUAACUGAUUGUUGGUAUUUAUUGAUCUGCAAAUCUUCUCAGGAGAGAGCUUUUCUCUCCUGACAGGUGAUUUUCUUUCAGCCUGAACCAAAGCUGCUCUGUCAUGUUUAUGUUUUUAAAACGGAGACCUGGUUCGAGUUUGCACAUCAUGGAGCAACUAAAUGUGAUACGCUGAUGAUUUUGACCACCUGUCGAGUGACAUUGGAGUCCCAGUGUUUUAAUUUAAAGCAUUUUUGUAACAUCAGACAGUCACUGGACAGAUCAGAAACGAGACAUGCAUGAAAUCACAGGUUUGGUUUAUGCAAUGGAAUAUCUAGUGGACUAGAGGUCUGCAAAACUGUUAACUAAUAAUCAUUAUUAAUGAAAAAGCCUUUUUUUUUACUGCUUGAAGAACUAUUUGAUUUAGGAAACACCCGCUUUUCUCCUUGCAGGAUCUUUGAUGCUCACUGAGCAUCUCACUGCAGCAAUAUGAAGUUUUUAUGUUCUUUACUUUUUGGGUGAUUCAAAUGUCUCUACAUCUGAAAUCAGCAAAGUAUUUCUGUGCAUUUAUUUUGUCGGGACAAAGCACGUUAAUUGAAUUUUUGUAAAAGUGCCAGUUGUAGACUGUGAGCUUGUUUUUGAAGCUGUAGUCCCUGGUAGAGGUGGGCGUGGGGAUAGUACGGUUAGAUUCUGAUAAUAUGUACCAUGUUUGUCUUCUGGCAAAUUAAAAACGCUGUCGCAGUAUUUGGUCUGGAGGAAACAGAGCUCUGUGCAGUCUGUGUGUGCUGGGCAUCCCAGAGACAAACUACUAUCUAAAAUGAUCCUUUUUUCUUUUUUUUAUGGAGAAACCUAGCUCCUAGUGCUGAGAUAGUUUGUAGGCUAUUUGGAACCUGUAGCUGCUCUUUUCUUUCUGUUUUCUCCAUCAGGGAGGAAAUCAGCACAAAGAAAGAUAUAAAAUCAGCUGUUUUACAGUUAUUGAAACACCCAUAUGUGUCAUGUAGUGAAUUUUCAACAGCCCAGAAAUAAUCUCUUUUUUCCCUCCUUCUUUCCUUCUUUUUGUUAAAGGAGCAGUGUGAAGGAUUUAGUGACAUCUAGUGGUAAAGUUACAGAUUGCAACCAAAUUAAUAUCCCUCUGCAGCAGAACCUACGGUGGCCUUCAGGUAACGUAAAAAAACAAAAGAUAAAGGCCCUCUUAUCUCCGGAGCCAGUGUUGGUUUGUCCGUUCAGGACUUCUGUUGAAACAUGGCUAAUCUUAGGCUUAAAUCAGAUCAAAUUCAGAUGAUUAUACACUUAUGAAAACAUGAAAACAUAAAUUUAACAGGGCUGAGUGUUGGUUCUCGGUACCUUUUUAAGGUUUCGCCAAAAAAAUCCAGCCUAAAGUAUCAAAACUCCUUCAGUCAAGCCAUCCCUGACCAUAACACUAUAGCAGCUACAACCCAGAUUUCAUUCAAAAGUACUGAAUGAAAUCUAGAGAAAAAGGUAUCACCUAAAGAGUACUGCUAUCAUACUUUAUAAACAAGAUAUUAUGUUCUAUUCCUGUCUGAAUCCUCCACACUGCUCCUCUAGGUUGCUGCUGUACUUGUCUGUGUGUUGACUGUACUUUGUUUGUUGGGCUGCAUUAAAUUAAAACGUAUCAAAACAGAAAUUUCCGAAACUACAACCACGACACCACAAACAGCAAAAAGACUCCUCAAAAAUGACAAAGAUUAUACAUUUCACUAAAGUAGCAUUUAUCUACUCAGAUGUUUAAUUUUUCAGUUCAACCGUUAUAAAAAUCUCAAAACUUUUUACCAACAUUUUUUAUAUUAACGUUGAAUUGAAUUAGUUUGUAAUAUAAUAUUAGGUGUUUGAUCAAAGCGGAGAGAAUAACCAGCUCUCUCUGCAGCUCUAUGAUUGUUGGUUUCCUGUACAGUUUAAUGUAAAUGCUCUCAUCAGCUGCAGUUUAAAGUUCCUCUAAUGAACCUUUCCAACUACACACAGCGGGCAGAUUUACUGAGAGCCUGCAGAACAAAUUGGAGCAGCAGGUAUUAUAUGGGGUCAGGAACAGAACUUAAAGAAGAGUGGAAAUCAUUUAUGAGGCAGCAAGAAAUGUAUAAAUGUUAAUUUAGAGUAGCAUCUUCCCAGUUUCUGUUCUCUGAAGAAGCAGAUGUCUGACUUCCUGUCUGAGACUUUAUUAAACUAAGCAAUCAUCACUUCAACUCUGAAGCAUCAGAGAGUUUAUCCAGCAGCUUCGUCCUUCAAGUUCUGUCAGCUGGAUCUUUAAAAGCUGAUGCGAAAAAACUGUUUUUGUAAAUAUCAAAAAGGGAAAUUUGCUCCCUUUACUCAACACAAAUGCUUUUAGAAACAAUCAGAAUUAGCUGGUUUAUGACAUAUUUCAGAACCGAUAAAAUAUCAAACGGCAACAACAAAUCAGGUGAUAUGAGUCACAUUGUGCAACUCUACAUGAUCAGAUAAAGGUUUUAUUUGAAGAUCAGAGGAAAAUAUUUCAUCCAGUAUAACAAACUUAUCAACAGCUGAUGUUACAUGGUAAACAGCAGUGUGACAUCAAUGCCAACACUUAGAGAAAACUGUUAAAUCAAGAAACAAUCGUUUCAUAGUUAAAUUGACUGUUCACGUCCAACCUGCAGAAAGUAUUUUAAAGUUUUUUCAGCUGCUGCAGUUUUCAGACGACUUUGCUUUUCUUCAUGUUUUCUCUUCAUGUUGCCAAAAGCAGUUUGCGAUCAGUAAAAACCUUUUUGACUCUGACACACCACAGGAUGGGCGCCUUGUUUUGUAGGCGGGCAAAAUGUUAAAGUUCAUAAACUUGUUGUGGUUUAUGAAUUUGCAUCUGAGUUUUUUUUUUUUUCUGUGUCCUGCUGGCUGUUUGUUCCUGUCCAGUGAGCUCACUGGGAGAACUGUUUGGAUGUUGCUCUCUCCUGUAAAGCUUUUAACUGUAAAUGUUAAUAAUCCGAGAAAAGGGGGGAAGCUCACUUUGUAAAACUUGUACAAUUAUUAUUUUUGUGCAUCUUCAAUGGACCUCGACAGCAGACUUUUUACUUAACUGAUGUUUCUAGAUUUUUAUUUAUGGUGUCAAGGUACAAAACUGUUGUACAGAGGUGCAGCUAUGCACAGUCUCGUCUGCUUAUGUUUAGUAAAUGCUAUUUUUAAAUGUUGUGGGGGGGAGGGGGAAUAAAUGCAUUAUGGAAUACUGAA